AUGUCCUCCUCCGCCGCUACUCCCACCUCGUUCUCGUCUCCCUCGGCGGCUCAGAAGGUCUACGAUACCCCCGAGCUCUACGAGAUGCUCCUUCUCGCAUCCGACCCCAAAGCCAUACUCGACAGCCUGCACUACGACGCCAAGCUCAUCCUGGUCGUCAAAGCGUCAAAGCCACUUCAACGCAAGCUGUUCCUCGUCCAAGAUCCUGCGCUUCCCCUCACGGGCCUCGAGGAGGGUCAUUACGCUCAUAGCGCCGCUGUCUGGAAGCCGAACCUCUGCCUCGUAGCCCCACAAUACACGGCGGAGCAGAUCACUGUGCGACGCUAUGGGCACAGCUUCCGUCUCCUCGAAGAAGGUCCUGUGUACAGUCUGAUGGUGCGCCCCGGCUUAAAGGGAUACCGGGACAGCAAGUACCAAUUCCGACUGAUCCGCAACGAGGUGGACGAGGAUGGCGAGCCCGACGACUUGGGCUACACACGUCCAGUCCUACCUCCCGCCCACUUGUCCACGUUCCUCUCAGACCGUGCCACGCCGAUUGCCAUGGACGUGCACAACUACCCAUCGUUGGCAAUGCAGCGAUCACAAGAGUUUGAAGGCAUGAAUUGGAAGACAGGAGCUCGUGGCUAUGGAAACAAGACGAUCUGGGUCCCAGCGGGGACGACCUUAGGGGAGAUCAUCGACUGGUUCGAAGUUUAUCUGUCGUGCGAGAUGCCUUGCUCGGGCAUCUUCAACGGUAUCUCUCAGUUCUUGGGAUGUGAUAGUGAUGACACCAAUCGUAUCCUGGAGGCACAGAAGGCCGGAUGGGAAAGGGUCCUGAUCGCAACGAGCUGCGCCUUUAGACGCCGCAUGGUCCGGGCGGGUCGGACGAGCUCUGCUGGUCAAUUCCCAGGGGUCGUCUUCCACGGCAUACUCGUCAUAGCCAAAGAAGUUGAGCAGUGCGAACUCCUCACUGAUCUCCGCAUAGAUGAAGUUCGCAAGAUCCUGGGCAAAGUCAUCAUCAUGAGAGUCCACCAUGAUCAUGAUCUGCUUCAGGGUGGUCUCUGCGUUCAGCUGCCUCACCAUACGCAUUGUCUCCUCAACCCCUUGGCAGAAGAACUUGUGGUGCAGACACUUCACAUGCAGCGCCACUUUCUGGACGAGAACCAUGAAACUAGCCUUCUCAUCGAGAUAGUCAGGCGAGAAAAAUGGCACAUGCCAUCGAUCGCGCAAGUUGUCACGGCAUUGGAUGUCGAGAUCCGCUUCCAAGGUGAAGCCUUCCUUGAAGGCGUCGUUGGCGCAUCCCCGAAAUCGCUUGCUCGGACUGUGCGAAAGAAGAUAUUGCUUGAUCUUUUUUUUAGAGGCGCCAGUGCGAGGGACGUUGUGGCUGCAGAUCAUGACGAGGAGCUCAUCUGGGAGGCGGUGGAGGUGGUCUUGUGGCGUUGGCGCAGGUAG